GCCAUGUUUGACAAGUACUUCACCGGCGGUGGCGAUAGUGUCACCCAAACUGAUCCACAAGAGGGCAAAUACUAUGUCUACUGUGACAAAUCAAACCGCAAUUUCUAUCGAGUUUUGGUCAAAACGGUGGACACGACGGCCGCCAACCAGUCGUUGAUUGUGUUCGUGGACUUCGGUUACGCGGAAGUUGUGGCCAACGAUCGGCUCAUGGUUUACGAGCCGUUGUUUGUGGACUGCCGUCCAUUAGCCGAGCCAUUCAUUUUGGGCGGCGUUUGUCCGCCGAAAAAUCAACCAAAAGGUUGGGAUCAGAUGAAAGUAAAACAGUGUUUGAAACGCUAUCUAAACGCCGUCUUGUGGUUCGCGAUCUACGGCUCCGCACCGGCGCUGGACGUGGCGUUCGGACACCUCUCCAGAAAAGUGGCCAAAGUUUACGAUAACAAUCGUCAGGAGAUUUUGGCCAAAACGCUGUACAACGAGUACUACAACGCGGCCAUCGAUUCCGGUGCCAACAACGGCGGCGCCAACAAUGACUCGACACCCGAUUUGAUUGCAAUUGAUUACAUGGAUGGACGGCCGGCACCGGCAUCUGUGAUCUCUCAACCGUUGGUCGAAAUACCGCGCGAUUUGUCCAUCGAUUCCAGACUUGAGUCGGCGCUGAAUUUGACCGAAAGCUUCAACACAUCCACUCUAUCGCUGAUAUCGGACUUUAGUCAC